UUGGAGCGACUGUCCAUUAACGUCCAGCUCAGGCCACGGAUUACUACAAACAAUUCCGCACUGCUUCUGUCACUGGCUAGCGUUUGGAAUCUUCCACAUAGUGCAGGUGCGCUCUGAAGAUUUCUCUUGAUCGUCGCUUCUUUGUUCGUCUUGGAAAGGGUUGCCGCGCACGCAAGCAUUCACUUUCGCACUUGCCAGUUUCGUCUCAGGCGCCUUGCUGAGAACGCGUUGGGCGAGCCUGCGCAUCUGACUCUCGCCCACUUUCACUGCCAGACUUAGCUCACUUCCAUUCGCGUUCGGCUCCGCGUGUUUGCGCAACACAUCAUUGCAGCCCAUCAUAAAAGUCCAGCUUUUCUGGCCAGCCUUCUUACUUUCCACACGACCUACUCACCAUCAUCUCCACGCAUCACAUCAAGAUGCAUCAUCCCAGCGCUAGCUUGCCUAGCAACAUGGUAGAUCCGGGCCACCUCGACAAGAUCGACAAGCUCUUCGCCUGUGGUGUCGGAGAUCACAUCCACCUGCCGCAGUUGGUUGUUGUUGGCGACCAGUCAAGCGGCAAGUCAUCCGUCCUAGAGGGCAUCACUAAGUUGCCUUUCCCUAGAGACUCUGGUCUUUGCACUCGAUUCGCGACUCAAAUCACGUUCCGUCGCGCGCAGGCCAUAAGCACUACCAUCACCAUCAUCCCUCACAAGGGCGCCACCCCAGCAUACGCUGAGAAACUCUGCGCUUUCAAAGUCCUUACCCAUGCUGUCCUCGAACCUGUCUCAUUCUCCAAGACCAUGAAGGACGUCCACAAGCUCUUGGGUCUGUCCGACAAUCCCUCCGAUGGUGACAACAAGUCGACCUUUUCCGAAGACGUACUCAAGAUUGAAGUGACUGGUCCCGAGCAGGAACAUUUUUCCGUCGUUGAUGUUCCAGGUAUCUUCAGGACUGCCACGAAGGGCAUGACUACGCUUGCAGACGCAUCCAUGAUCAAGGCCAUGGUCCCCCGUUACAUGAUCAACCCUCGUUCUGUCAUGCUGGUCGUCAUCCCGGCCAAUGUUGACAUUGCCACUCAAGAGAUCAUUACUCUUGCCGAAGAAGCUGAUCUCGAUGGUCAUCCCGAAGUCGGUGUCAUGCAGCUCAUCAAGGGUGAUAGACAUCCACUUCAGCUUGGAUGGUGCCUGGUUCGCAACCUUGGCCAACAGCAGAGUCAAGACAACGCUGCGGACAGAUCAGCUGUGGAGAAUGCCUUCUUCCGUGAUUGUUCGCCUUGGAACGAGCUCGACAAGGAGCGCGUGGGCGUUGAUGCUCUACGCAGCAGGCUCCAAGAGGUUCUGACAAGCAACAUUCGUCGCGAGUUCUCUAACGUGAAGCGAGAAGUGCUCAUGAAGCUCAACUCGGCCAAGCGUGCUCUCAAGGAGCUCGGUGAAAAGCGUCAGACACCUGACGAACAACGCCGCUUCACCAUGGACAUCAGCUCGCGCUUUCGUGAGAUGGUCAGCUUGGCACUCAACUCCAAUUAUUCCGGACACAAGUGGUUCGACGAGUGUUCCACUCUGAUGUAUGUCACUGGCGUUGUGAACUGCGGCGAAGCCUUCGCCGAUGCUGUCGAUAAGCACGGUCAUGCCUACGGUUUCAAGUUCGACUACACUCCGGAAGUCCCUGGAAGAUCGAACCUGAGCAGCAAUGGUGGCCAGGGCUUGAAGCUGCGCUCGACUCCAGACCACCCGGACCUUGAGGAUCUGAUCAGUGGCGAGCGUCUCAUUGACGACAAGAUCUCCACCAACAUCAUCGAAUGGCUGUCGGGCCUGUACAAGAGCUCUCGUGGUUUCGAGCUGGGGACCUUUGACAAGAACCUUCUCGGCACAACCAUGAAGGCUCAAUCAGCCAAGUGGGAGCCCCUCGCACAUGGCUACAUCCUAGACAUCAUCCAUCUGGCACAUGUGUUCAUCACGGACCUGCUGAAGCUUGUCUGUCCCUCAGCACGUGUCAGAAACGGCAUUAUGUCUGUCAUGAUGGAGCCUCUGAUGGAGAUCUACCGCCGUGCCCUUGAGCAGGUCCAGUUUGUGCUCUACGUUGAGCACAACAACCCUCAGACCAUCAACCAUUACUUCAACGACAACCUGGAGAAGAGCCGUCAGAAGCGUCUCCGUGCCUCGCUUGAGAAGCACGCCACGACUCAGCCAACCCAGUUUGGCACUACUGGACGCAGCGUUAUUGCACUUGACGACAUCGUCCAGAACCACCCAAUGUCGAACGCACAGCACACGGUCUAUGAAGUCCACGACAUCCUCAAGGCUUACUACAAGGUUGCCAGAAAGAGAUUUGUCGACAAUGUCUGCAUGCAGGCCGCAGACUAUCUCUUGGUCACUGGACCCAAGAAUCCUCUCAAGCUGUUCUCGCCUCAGUUUGUCAGCUCGUUGAAUGACGACCAGCUCGAGGAGAUUGCCGGUGAGGAUGCUGGCACCAAGAGAAGACGCAACGCCUGGGCCAAGGAAGUCAAGGACAUGGAGCUCGGCAAGAAGAUCCUUGUUGGUGUCGCCUGA